CCAAAUAUCGAGAGACUUGACGUUUGGGGCAAUCGUGUGACUGAACUGAAGAGUCCGCAUGUGUUCACACAACUCAUUCAUCUGAGUCUUUGCAAUAACAGUAUCGAGGAAUGGCAUCACGUCUGCCGACUCGCAACUCUUCCCAAUUUAAAGACUCUAAACGUUUCCGAUUGUAAACUAAAUUCAAUACAUUUCGACGAUUCGGAUGCGAAACAGAAGACCAAACUAUUCCCUCGAUUGGAGUUCCUAUCGAUUAGUAAUAAUAAUCUGAAGACAUGGAGAGAUGUCUCAGAACUGAAUAAACUCCAAAAACUGGAUCAGCUCUUCAUUAAGAAUAAUCCGGUGUUUGAUAACGAAAAAUAUGACACAAAUUUCAAUCUUAUAUUAUCUCGAAUCGGAAACUUGAAACUUCUUAAUCGUGAAAAUAUAUCAGAAAUGAUGAGAAGAGACGCAGAAAUUGCAUAUUUGAGAAAAACAAAUAAAAACUAUGAAACGGCUAAGAGUUUGGGAGACGAGAAAUUGCAACAAUUUAUUGAUGAAAAUCCCACAUUUGAGAGCAUUUUAGUAAAGUUUGGCAAACCUUUUGGUUCGGAAAGCAUUUCCAAAGCAGAGAUCGAGAAAAAGAAGUUCUUAACCAUUAAACUAAGGAAUCCUUUCGAUAAUGAGAAGUGUGUGGAGAAGAAAAUACCCGCCUCGAUUUCAAUCAUAAAUUUGAAAACAAUUGUUCGGAAACUCUUUGAAAUUGAUUACAAUUAUGACAUCAACUUAUUGUGGACUUCAAAG